AUGGAGGCGUGGAGAGAACAUAAAGCGAGGAGCGCGAGGGAGACGAAGGAAUUCGAGGCGCUCGAGUCGCGGUUGUGGAGCGAGACGAAGGCAAAGGAAGAGGCCGAGAGGCGAUCGUUCGAUGACGUGAGAUCGGGUACGGUCGUUCGUGACUUUGUCUCUUCGUCGACUGCGGAGGAAGAGGAAGCGCGCGCUGCCUUUGAGCGCGCCAAGGCGAGUCUGGCGAGCGAAAGACAACGAUUCGCCGACGAACGGGCGGCGUGGGAAGCGAAAAGAGACGACGCCGAGGAAGCGUUCAAGGCUGAGUGUGAGGACGUGCGCAGACAGUUCAAGCGCGAAAAGGCGGCGUUGAUGCGCGAGGCGGAGGCACACUUAGCACUACCCACGAAACAGGAGCGCAAUGAAGCCAAGUUUCUUCGCGAACAGCUCGAGCGCAACGAGGCUGAAUUCAAAGCCGAGCAACAACGAGCCAAGCUCACGGUGGAUCGCCUGCGGCAACAAAUCGUCGAUCUGACGAACGAAAUUUCGGAACUUCGCAUGGAGAAAAGGUUGCUGGAAGAGAAGUGCGAGGUAUCGAAUCGUUUGCAAGCGAAGGCUUUGUCGACGACGCCGCCUCGUCGAGUCGAGCCGGUCGUCGAGAUCGCUUCGCCCGCGAGUUCGCGGCCUGGGAUGACGAUUUCGUCGGAACCGAGUCCAUCUAGGCGUGUAUAUGCGGAUGAUACGACGUACUUUGCACCUCGUGCGCUCAGUGUGCGCGAUCCGCUCCCGAGCGUGAGCGAUAAAGUUCGAUUACGAAGCACCGCGGGUCUCGAACGCGAGAUUCCGCACGAGGAUGGUCGGGUCGAGCGCGUCUUUGCUGACGGUCGUCGCGUCGUAUUUUUCGCAAACGGCACGAUUAAGGAAAUCGAUGGUCAUGAAACGACUAUUUUCUUCACCAACGGUGAUAUCAAACGCACUCACCAAAACGGUAUCAUCGAGUAUUACUACUUCGACGUCGAGACGUGGCACACCACGCACCCAACCGGCGUUGAGCUCUACCAUUUCGUUCAAACCAAUCAAGUCGAACUUCACGCCGCGGGCGACGAGCCCAAGGAUAAGGAAAUCUUAUUUCCAGACGGAACCCUUCGUCGCGUUUACUCGAACGGCUUCGAGGAAGACGUGGCCGGAUUGUAA